AUGGCUGAGGUGUAUGAAGAGUACCCGCCUAAGGCGGAUAUACGUAAAAUGAUGGCUGAGACACCUCUCCCAGUCAUCCCCGAAGGAACGAUAGACCCUGCCAACAUGAACGGAAGCACGCCGACCAAAAUCACCCUCGAUAUUGUCGAAAACCUCACAUCAGCACUGAAGGCUAACCAUGCGGCUGCUUUGGAAGACUGCUUCUUUGCAGAGCAGGCAUACUGGAAAGAUCAGCUGGCACUCACGUAUCACCUCCGAACAUUCCAACGGGCGGCCGUCAUUGCAUGCAGUCUCAUGGAAACAAAGAAUCUCCGGGGACUGGCACAGAUCGAGAUUGAUGGAGUCGCGAGCUUCGCGCCGGUCACUCCUACCCUCCUCCAAAUUGGAAAUAAGGACAUCGUGAGCUGGAAAAUUUGGGUAUUGAGCACUAGACUUGAUGACUUUGUCUACUAUCCCGAAAAUUCGAGUCUGUUGCGGGGCCCUGCAAAGCAGCUGGGCAUUCUCGAACAGUUCGAAACCGAUGUAAUCAUCAUCGGUGGCGGCAACAGUGCAGUGACAGUCGCCGCUCGGUUGAAGGCUCUGGGCGUCGAGAGUGUCAUGCUCGAUCGCAACCCCACCCCUGGAGACAACUGGGCUCUUCGCUACCAUGCAAUGAAGUUUCAUAUUCCAACAGCAAUUUGCACCAUGGCGUAUCUGGAAUACGCAAAAGAGCAGCAAUUUCCCCACUUCCUCACUAGAGAGGAACUUGCAAAUCAGGUCAAGCGAUACGUGAAAAUAUUCAAUCUGAACAUUCUCAACUCGGCCAAAGUUAUUUCGACGACAUACAGUCAAGCUUCAAGGCUCUACACAGUGACAUUCUUGUCACCCACUGGUCGGCGUGUUGCCGUGGGCAGGCACAUAGUUCAAGCAACUGGGAUCGGAUCGCAGAAGCCUCACAUGCCGCCUAUGGCUAAUGCUAAUCUGUACAAGGGUGUCAGUGUUCAUUCUACUGCCUAUCGUAACGCCAAAGACUGGAAGAUGCUUGGAGUGAAGUCUGCUCUGGUCAUAGGCUCAGCAAAUACUGCGUUCGACAUUCUCGAGGAUUGCUACGCUGCCGGUCUGAAGACCACAAUGGUUGUUCGGUCACCGACCUACAUCUUCCCAGUCGCGUACGUGUGCGAUCCUGCAGCACAUGGAAAUUACGAGAAGCUUGGCGUGGAAGCAGACAAGGAUUCUAUGGCGAUGCCCACCAACAUCGACGCUCACAUGGUGCAGGGACACUUUUCUCACCUUGCCUCUCAAGAGCCGGAUCGCUAUGCCGCCCUUGCCAAAGCUGGGUUCCCCGUCUUAGACAGCCGCUCACCGGAAUGCUGCUUGAUGGUCAAUUUGUUUGAAAAGGCCGGAGGACACUACCUCGAUGUGGGCGGUACGGCGCUCAUAUCUGAGCGCAAAACAGGUGUCAAAGCCAAUGUCGAACCUGUUGCUUUCACUGCUACUGGACUCAAAUUCUCUGAUGGUAGCACACUUGAUGCGGAUGCCGUGGUGUGGUGUACCGGAUUUGCUGACCGAGACGCGCGUAAGACAGCGGCAGAGAUACUGGGGGCCUCGGCAACGAAUGACAUCAACAAGCCGCCGGGAGAAAAUCAGCAUGACAGCAGUGGAAUCCUUGGGCCUCAGGAGAUCGCCGCUCGACUUGAUGCAACUUGGGGGGUCGAUUCGGAAGGAGAGGUUCGGGGGAUGUGGAAACGGCAGUCCCGGCUUGACAACUACUGGGUAAUGGGCGGUGACACGAGGCUUCAGCGAUGGCAUUCGCGCACUUUGGCGUUGCAGAUCAAAGCUGACCUCGCAGGUAUUCUGCCGCCGGCGUAUCGGGAUACGCCUAGUCUAAAGCGCCGCUUAAGAAUCUCUAGCCAUCUCUAG